GUUCGAUUGAAUUGGUACGUCGCUAAAACAAAUCGUCUUGUUCACCUUUCUUCUCUUGCUUUUCAGAGAGCGUGCGAUUUGUAGGAGGUAGAGAGAGAGAGAGAGCAAGCUACCAGAUUCACCGAUUACGACCAACAAACAAGAUCAUUAUGGUGCUCUCUGACUUCACUGGAGUCGGUGUUGGAUUUGGGUUCGGUGUUGGCUGUGGAUUUGGCGUUGGAUGGGGUUUUGGAGGAAUGCCUUUGAACAUUUUAGGUGUUGGUGUAGGUGGCGGUUGCGGUGUGGGUUUGGGCCUCGGGUGGGGUUUCGGGACUGCUUUUGGGAGUCACUACCGUUCAUCUAGACUUACAUUUCAAGGCAUCGAGUUAGAGACUACCGAUAAACGCGAUGAGAAAGUGGCUAACAUGUCCUAAAACACCACUUAAGCAGCCGUGCUUCAAUGCUCUGCUCGGAUUGAUUGUAAACAAAGUCUUACAUCUUUUCUUAUAUUCUCAAUGAAACGAUUACUUCUUCAAAUAAUCCAAUAAAAAUGCAUUUCUCUA